GGUAUUGUUACUAUAUACUAAUCUAUGGAGUAUGGUUACUACUUUUUGUAAUAUUAAAACAACAGACUCUAGUUGGUCGAUUUAAUUGUUAAAACGAAUUUUGUGAGUUUUAUAUUUAAAAGUUUUAUUUAGAAAAAAUGACACCUAAUCCUCCUGAGCUAAUGGAGGUGGACCAGAGCAGUUGUCCUCGAGGUGAUGGCUUUAAGUCGUAUUACACUACAAAAAUUGAAGAGCUUUUGCUGAUCGUAGCAGAAAAAAGUAUGAACCUCAGACGUUUACAAGCUCAAAGAAAUGAACUCAAUGCUAAAGUGAGGCUAUUGAGGGAAGAAUUACAACUGCUACAAGAACAAGGUUCUUAUGUUGGUGAAGUAGUUAAGCCAAUGGAUAAGAAAAAAGUACUUGUAAAAGUUCAUCCAGAAGGGAAAUUUGUUGUAGACAUUGACAAAAACAUAGAUAUUAAUGACGUGACACCCAACUGCCGUGUUGCAUUGCGCAAUGAAAGUUAUACUUUACAUAAAAUUCUACCAAACAAGGUUGAUCCUUUGGUUUCUCUUAUGAUGGUUGAAAAAGUACCAGAUUCCACUUAUGAAAUGGUCGGGGGCUUAGACACUCAGAUCAAAGAAAUCAAAGAAGUUAUUGAGUUGCCUGUAAAACACCCAGAGCUAUUUGAUGCUUUAGGUAUAGCUCAACCAAAGGGUGUACUUUUAUAUGGACCACCUGGGACAGGUAAAACUUUAUUAGCCAGAGCUGUUGCUCACCAUACCGAAUGUACUUUUAUUAGAGUAUCCGGCUCAGAACUUGUACAAAAGUUUAUAGGAGAAGGUUCUAGAAUGGUACGAGAGCUAUUCGUCAUGGCAAGAGAACAUGCACCUAGCAUAAUAUUUAUGGAUGAAAUUGAUUCUAUUGGUUCAUCGAGGAUUGAAUCCGGUAGCGGAGGAGAUUCUGAAGUACAAAGAACUAUGUUAGAACUUCUCAACCAACUUGAUGGUUUUGAAGCAACAAAAAAUAUUAAAGUGAUUAUGGCAACUAAUCGUAUUGACAUUUUGGAUACAGCUCUACUGCGACCUGGACGUAUUGACCGCAAGAUUGAGUUCCCACCUCCAAACGAGGAAGCUCGAUGGGAUAUUUUGCGUAUUCAUUCUAGAAAGAUGAAUUUAACUAGAGGAAUAAACUUGAAAAAAAUUGCUGAACUAAUGCCUGGGGCUUCUGGAGCAGAAGUUAAGGGUGUGUGUACCGAAGCGGGAAUGUAUGCACUACGUGAAAGACGUGUGCACGUUACUCAGGAUGAUUUUGAAAUGGCUGUAGCUAAAGUUAUGCAGAAAGACUCUGAAAAGAACAUGUCUAUUAAGAAACUUUGGAAAUAAAUUGCAAAUAUCUAUUAUAUAUAUAUUUUUUCUUUUAAGAAUAAUUUCAAUUUAAUUAUUUGCGUAUAAAUAAAAAUCAUACUAAUACUA